AUGGGCGGAAGAGCUAAAAAAAAAAACAGAGCAAAGUCAGAAUCAGAUAACCCAGUCAAGAAAAACCUACCUAACACCAUGGGUGGCAAACGGACACAUCAGAACCACUACAGAAACAAGAAGACGACUGGUGGUUGCCAUGCACAAGUUAACCAGAGGCUUUCUAAUAGCUGCAUAUAUCAUCUUCUGCAACAGGGUAACUAUGGCCACCGUCUGUCUCCAUCUACACCUGAUUUCCUCACUGCCAUUCUGGAGUAUCUGAUGGACAGCAUCCUGGAGCUGGCUGACAAUAUGGCCCGCGGUGACAACAAAAGACACAUCACUCCACAACAUGUGGACAUGGCCAUAUACAACCACCCUGACCUCAGUCGCCUGUUCAAGAAUGUAGCCAUCACACAGGUCACUACGAUGCCCUGGCCCAGAGAAAAAUGAUGGGUGGGCCCCAAAGCCCAGCAGGACCCCUGACAGUCCCAAAUCAGAGGAAAACUUUCAUAACUGA